CGCGCCGCGUUUCUAUCACCAGUGAAGAGUCCAGACGUGUCAACGCGGCUUAAAUCGGCGUAUACAAUGAUUGCAACUCUGUAAACACUGCAUGUAAAGAAGCGGGAAUUGAAACUCAGCAACUAUGGGGAAACUCAUCCGGUUGGAGCUCUUCAACUUCAAGUCCUAUAAAGGGCAUCAUGUUAUGCUAUUCGGAGACUCGUACUUCACCUCGAUCAUCGGUCCAAAUGGCUCGGGAAAGUCCAAUUCAAUGGACGCGAUAUCCUUCGUCCUGGGAAUCAAGUCGUCGCAUCUGCGCUCAACACAUCUCAAAGACCUCAUUUACCGAGGCCGGGUCCUAAAACACGCGACGAUCAACGCGGACGGCACCGCGACUGCCCCAGAGACCAACGGCGCCCAAACCAAUGGCCACACAAACGGCGACGUCGACGGCGAGCAGUUGACGGAAGGCAGCCAGCGGAAUGAUCCCACUAGCGCGUGGGUGAUGGCUGUCUACGAAGAUGACGCCGGGGAAGAACAGCGAUGGAAACGAUCCAUCACGUCCCAAGGCCAAUCCGAGUAUCGCAUCAACAACCGAGUCGUCACCGCGAAACAGUACAACGAGGCGCUGGAAACGGAGAACAUCUUGAUCAAGGCGCGCAAUUUCCUGGUAUUCCAGGGUGAUGUAGAGGCGAUUGCGAACCAGAAUCCGCGGGAUUUGACGCGCCUGAUCGAGCAGAUUUCGGGCAGUCUGGAGUAUAAGGCCGACUAUGAGCGCCUGAAGGCGGAUGCCUAUAAAGCUGCGGAGGAGCAAGGGUAUAUGCUCCAUACGCGGCGUGGCAUCAACUCGGAGAUCCGACAAUGGCAGAAAGAGAAGCAGGAGGCAGAUGAGUUUGCCAAGAAGGCGUCUGACCGGGAUGAAGCAGUUGUGCAGCAUAUCCUAUGGAAGCUGUUCCAUUACCAGCGUGUCAUUGAUGAGUCCACCGAAGAGAUCCAGCGACAACAAGAAGAGCUCAAGGAAUUUCGCCGCAAGAAUCAAAGUUUCGAGGAAUCUCUGGAGACUGCCCGACGUGAGCAAGCUAGAGCGUCGCGUGAAGUCUCCAAGAUUGAGAAAGAGAUAAAGAAGGCGGAGAAAGAUAUCGAGGGAAAGCGGAAUGAUCUGGUGCCGAUCGAUGAGAAGAUCAGCAUCUCGACCCGUCAGCUAGACAGCUACAAGACUCGCAUCGAGGAGGUGUCGAAGCAGCGAGACAACCGUGCGCAACGCGUGGACCACAUGACGAAGCAGCUUGAAACCGUUCAGAAGUCCCAGAAGAAAUGGGAAGAGGAGUGGCAAGCGACCCAGCAACAACAGGGACGGCAGCUGUCGAGCGAUGAUUUGAAGCAGUACAAUCAGAUCCGCGGCGAUGUCACGAAGCGCACCGCGGAGGCACAAACACAGGUGGAUAUCAUCACACGGCAGAUCAAAACGGAUGAAGAGACCCUCAAUAGCCUUCGAGGAAAGGUGGAGCAGCUCGAGGGUCAAGUCGGUCGAUUCGAGUCGGAGAUCGACGACCUCAAAACACGACAUCAUGACCUUGCCUCCCAAGCCAAAACCGCGCAGCGCGACAUCGACGGAAAGAAGAAACAGUACAACAACCUCUCGUCGGAACGCGUGCGCAGUGCCAACCUGCAAACCGAACUGGAAGAAAAACUCCAGGGGAUUCUGCGACGCCUAGCGGAUGCCGACUAUGGCAAGCACGAGUCCGAGAAAGAAGCGCGUGCAAAGCAAAUCGUCGCAGAUCUGAAGCGGAUUUUCCCCGGUGUCCGAGGCCGUCUCCACGAGCUCUGUCGGCCAAAGCAAAAGAAAUACGAAACUGCCAUGGCAAGCGUGCUCGGACGGCAUUUUGGCUCCGUGGUCGUCGAUACCGAGAAGACCGCGCGGGAUUGCAUCGCGCAUCUCCGCGAGCAGAGGCUGGGUCAAGCGACCUUCCUCCCGCUGGACUCCAUCACCGUCCACACGGUCAACCCCGGCCUGAAGGGUAUGCACAAGAAGAUGCGUCUCGCCAUCGACACGAUCGAAUACGACCACAAGAAUGAGCGCGCGAUGAUGUACGGAUGCGGCAACGCUAUGGUCUGCGACGACCUCGACACCGCCCGCUAUCUCUGCUUCGAUAAGCGCGUCGAUGCCAAAGCCGUCACCUUGGACGGCACCGUGAUCCACAAAGGCGGUCUCAUGACCGGUGGUCGCGGCCCGCAGGACCGCAACGCCAAGCGGUGGGAGGAGGCAGACCUCGAAAACCUCCGGAUGACCAAAGACAAGAUCCUGGCGGACAUUGCGUCGCUACCGAAGCCGCGACGCAGCGAGGAGGAGCAGAUCAGCAAUGAGCUGUCGAGCUUGGAACAUCGGCUGGAAUACUUGAACGGGGAAACCAAGGCAUACAAGCGGAACAUCGCGUCGAAAGAAAAAGAGCUUGCCGACGCGAAACACCGGCUCAAAGAGACGCGUCCGAAAUUCCAGGCGCAGGACACUAGCGUGUCGAACCUGAAAGCACGCUUGCAACAGCACCAGGACAAGAUCUCCGCCGUCGAAGACGAGCUGUUCGCCGCUUUCUGCCAACGGCUCGGAUUCGACAACAUCCGCGUGUACGAAGCGCAGCAAGGCACGCUGCAGCAAGAGGCGGCGCAGAAGAACUUCGAGUAUUCCACUCAGCGCACCCGGCUGGAAAACCAACUCCAAUUCGAGACGGUCGACCUCCAGUCCCUAGACGAACGCGUGAAGAACCUCCACGCGUCCCUCAGCCGCGACGAGAACCUGAUCGCGGAAUUCGAGCACGCGAAGGCGCAGGUCGACAAGGAGAUCCGGGCUCUGCAGAAGGCGCGGGACAAGCUCGGCAAGCAGAUGGCGAGCCUAAAGGAGACGCAGGCAGAGAAAGUGCGCGAGGCGGCACGGGCGCGGGCGGAGCUGGCGGAGCAGACGAAGAGCGUGGAGCUCACGUUGAAGCGGGUGGCGGAUCUGGAGGCGGAGAUCCAGCGGAACGCGUCGGGGCGGUAUGCCUUGUUGCGGAAGUGUAAGAUUGAUGAGGUGAGGUUGCCGCUGGAGGAAGGGUCGAUGCCGCUGGAGUCGCUGCCGCUGGAUGAUAUCCUGCAGGCGGGCGGGGGGGCGGUGGAGGAUGAGGAUGAGAUGGAUAUCGAUGAGGGGAAUGGUGCGCGGGAUGGGGAGGUCGGACUCGGGGCGGAGAUCAGAGAUUAUGGGAUUGAGAUUGACUUUGACGAGCUUGAUGAGGACCUGCAAGAGGACGACUCCCCCAAAACCGAACAAUCCCUCCUCGACAAAAUCAAAUCCAUGUCCACCGAACUCGACAAAAUGGCUCCCAACAUGCGUGCCACCGACCGCCUCGAGGAAGUCGAGUCGCGGCUCAAGAGCACCGAGAAGGACUUCGAGUCCGCGAGGCGGGCGGCCAAGCGUGCAAAGGACGACUUCGAGGACGUCAAGGACCGGCGCCUGGAGCUGUUCAACCGCGCGUUCAGCCAUAUCUCGGACCAGAUUGGGCCGGUGUAUAAGGAGUUGACGAGGAGUCAGGCACUUCCGCUAGGCGGGCAAGCCUACCUUGACACCGAAGACCCCGAGGAACCCUACCUCCAAGGCAUCAAAUACCACGCCAUGCCUCCCCUCAAGCGCUUCCGCGACAUGGAGCAGCUCUCCGGCGGUGAGAAGACCAUGGCGGCCAUGGCGCUGCUCUUCUCCAUCCACUCGUUCCAGCCGUCGCCUUUCUUCGUGCUCGACGAGGUCGACGCCGCCCUCGACAACGCCAACGUCGCGAAGAUCAGCAAGUAUAUCCGCGACCAUGCUGGGCCCGGGAUGCAGUUCAUUGUGAUUUCGUUGAAGGCGGGGCUGUUUCAGGAGAGUGAGGCGUUGGUGGGGGUGAUGCGGGAUCAGGGGGUGAAUAGCAGUAGGGCGUUGACGCUAGAUUUGAGGAAGUACACGUCGUGAAUCGUGAUAUCCUCGUGAUGAGCGAGUUUAGCAUCGGCGUUUUUUGUGUUCUUCGUGCGAUGGGGUUCGGAUGUGGAAUAUGUGUAGAUCAAGUCGGACGGCAUUCUAGUGAUCGCAGCCUGGCUUUCGGUGUGGGCCUCUCAAUCUCGCCUGCGGUCGGUUUGAACAUAGGCGGUAAUUCGGAGGCUACAGAUAGCGACCUGCACAAGUGGAUCGAGCGGCUUCAAUUCAAUGGCUUCAUGAAUAUGAUCGGUUGAACAAUUCUCUUCCCAUUCGACGCAACCGUGGCAAAUCGCUAUGUAAUUAGAGCUUCGCUUGAACGAU